UCAGAGCCUGGGUGCCUAAUCUGACUCGUUGCAUGUGUUAGAGUGUGUGUGUGUCAGCCCCAGGCCCGUGGGAGGUGUCAUUUCCUGUCAAAAUCAGACCCUGUGGGAUGGGUUACUGUCAUUUUCUGUGGGAGGUAUCGUUGUUUGCGUGUCACUCUGUAGGCAGUAGGAGGUGUUUGCUGUGUAGGAACUCUGGUUCCUAGCUGAGAUUCUGCGUGGGGCGGUCGCUGUGUGUUGUGACCAGCAAUGCCUGCUCUGCGCGGUGUAUGAGGAGGAGUCGCUAAGUGUCAGGGUUCAGGCAAUGUCCACUCGAGGAAGGAUGGCACGGGGCCCUGGUGUUCCUGGCUGCGGGAUGCGCUCGGUGGUUGGUUUCUUGUCACGCAGGGCUGUGCUGGGGGAGCCCCUUCUACGGGAGGACUUCAAAAGGCGACGACUCGCGGCCUGUACCAACCUGUAUCGCAAGGAUCUACUCGGACACUUUGGCUGCGUCAACGCCAUUGAGUUUUCAAACGGCAGUGGGAGUAUGCUGGUGUCAGGAGGGGAUGAUCGUCGUGUUUUGCUUUGGCAUAUAGAAGAAUCCAUUCACUCCAAAGCCAAACCUAUUCAGUUAAAAGGGGAGCACCACUCCAACAUUUUCUGCCUUGCAUUUAACAGCUCAAACACCAAGGUUUUUUCUGGAGGAAAUGAUGAACAGGUUCUUCUUCAUGAUGUGGAAAGUGGUGAGACAUUGGAUGUGUUCACUCAUGAGGAGGCAGUGUACGGUCUGUCAGUCAGUCCAGUGAAUGACAAUGUGUUUGCCAGUUCAUCAGACGAUGGCAGAGUUUUAAUAUGGGACAUCAGAGAGUCUACUCAAGGAGAUCCUUUUUGCUUGGCUCAUUAUCCAUCCGCAUUUCACAGUGUCAUGUUUAAUCCAGUGGAGCCACGAUUGCUGGCCACCGCCAAUUCCAAGGAGGGAGUAGGUCUAUGGGAUAUCCGGAAACCUAACAGCUCUCUAUUACGAUACGGGGGAAACCUGUCUUUACAGAGUGCUAUGAGUGUGAGAUUCAACAGUAAUGGUACUCGGCUUCUAGCUCUUCGACGACGCCUCCCACCUGUCUUGUAUGACAUUCACUCACGUUUGCCCAUCUUCCAGUUCGACAACCAGGGCUACUUCAAUUCCUGCACUAUGAAGAGUUGCUGCUUUGCCGGUGACAGAGAUCAGUUUAUUCUAUCUGGAUCUGAUGAUUUCAACCUGUACAUGUGGAAAAUACCAUCUAAUCCAGAAGCAGGUGGAGCAGGUAGAGUUGUAAAUGGUGCCUUUAUGGUAUUAAAGGGACACCGCUCAAUUGUAAAUCAAGUUCGAUUCAAUCCGGAGAACUACAUGAUCUGCUCCUCUGGUGUUGAGAAGAUAAUAAAGAUCUGGAGUCCUUAUCAACAACCCAACUGCUCUGGAGAUCUUGAUGGGCACAUAGAAGACGAUUCUCGUAGCCUAUAUACACAUGAGGAAUAUAUUGGUCUUGUACUUAAUAGUGGGAGUGGUUUGUCCCAUGAUUAUGCCAACCAAUCAAUCCAGGAGGAUCCACGAAUGAUGGCUUUCUUUGAUUCACUGGUGCGAAGAGAAAUAGAGGGGUGGAGUUCUGAUUCUGACAGUGAUAGCACAAUUUUGCAACUUCAUCCUGGUAUCAGUGAACGGUCUGCUUAUAGUGAUUCAGAAUCAUCAGCCUCCGAACCCUCUUCACCAUUGCAAAUGCCAGGCUUAUCUGAUGAGGGUGUUACUGCUGGAGAUUCCCAAAGAUCCAUAGAAUCUCCUACAAGUCGCCACCUUAGAUUAUUAGCCCUGAGAAGACACCAGGAUAAUCGUCUGUCCACCAUAUCCAAUAAUUCAGACUCAGAGGAAAAUGCAUGUGAGACAGAGGCAGAGAGUGAACCUUUUCAUAGGCCACGAUCUCCAAGUCCUAAUGAAGAGAGAUCUAGUAGUAGUAAUGAUGAAGAGGACAACCUGAAUAAUCGUCGAACCUCAAUGAGGCAGCGCAACGCACGUCGACAUAAUAAGAAAAGGGCUGAAAAGUCUAAAGCUAGUAAUACAAAUACAGUAUCUGUUAUUGGUGAAGAUCUCUGUGAUUACCCACAGAUACAUUUGCAUGAGCUUUCAACUUCUGCAGAAUCCUCGCCUGGGGUAAGAAGUCCUAAUGAAGGAGAGCGAAAGUCAUCUUUGUGUUCAAGCAUCGACUCAGUAGAAAGAAAAAUUUAUAAAGCUUAUAAGUGGUUACACCACUCCUACAUCUCCUAUUCUAAAGGAAGAGAGGGGGAAACUUCCACUGGAGAUAGGGAUUGUGAAGAUGGUAGGCCCGGCACCAGUGGAAGGAGCAGUGCAUUGCCACCAGUAAAAGAAACAGAAACAGACUGUCAUAUAUUAAAUGACCAAGAAAACAAAGAACUUCCUUCUAACGACAUGUAUACACAAGACCUCCAGAAAGCGUCCUUAUUAGAGUGUAUUGAUGGCUGUGGGAGUGAUCAAAAUGACAAGCAGCUUUUGUUGGAAGAUAUUGAAAACUCUUGCAAAGAUGAUGCCUCCUUGGAGCCUCCAUUAGAGACUAAAAAACUGAAUGGACAAGCCCACCAUAAAGAGUUUUUCCCUUGCUUUGAAGACUCCUGUGAUCAGUGUUGUGGAAAAAAGAACAACCAAAACCAUCAACAAGCACUAAGUGAAAAAGAUCUCUUAAGCACAAAGGAUUCCACCACUUCUUUUGAAGUCAGCUUAGACGAUUUGGUUGGAAGCCAGAAUGAAGAGAUUGAGGGUGGAGAGACAGAAAUUACUUACACUCACCAGAGCAAUGGACAUUUGCAUACUUAUUCAUCUGCCUUUAAUAAUACUGGGCAGACUUGUGAGGAGCCAGUGACUUCUAUGCUAUGUUCACAGACACAUGUCAGUUUGGGCCAAGCUCAGCAUAAGGACUCAAAUUUAACAGAUGUGGACUGUAGUAUGAACAGUAAAGAUGUCUUAACAAGUCAUGUGGACACUGAAAAUGCUACAUCUUCCGGAGGACUAAAAAGACACAGACAAGAUUAUGAAGAGUUAGACCAUUCUUCAGAGAAGAAAAUGAAAAUCUAAAUUUGUUGGAGUUUUUUCGUUUUGUUUUUUUAAAUAUUAUUAAGCACUAAAAGUGUACAGUUUUGCUCAGAUGUGUGGCUGUGUGUAUUUGAUUCUUUAAGAUAGAAGUUGACUAACUCAAGCCCUCAAGAGACACUAAUAUGCAGAUAAGUUAGUUGACAAAACAAAAUACUUCCAUGUUGACAUAAACACUUACCUGUAAGUGGCUCUUGUGGACUGUAGUUAGUGUUGCUAUAAGCCAUUCUGAUUUUGCAUUCAUUGCCAUUGCACAUAAACAAGUCAAAGUUUAGUUUGCACUAAAAAAAAUCAAUGUGAGUUUAGGAUAAUUUUUAUAUAUAUUUUUUUUUUCUGUCUUAAUAAUCAAAUUGAACCAGCAUUUGGCUUUUUCUCUUUAGACUUAUUGGUGGGUCACGCAAAUGUUUCAAAAAGUUUGAAAACUACCUUGAGCACAAAGUGUGAAUAAAAUCAAGCCACUAAUCAAUUGAAUUUGCAGUACAUAUGUAGACCUUUUCAAGGACAACUUUGGUCAGGCACAAUACAGUCAUUUUUUGGUAAAGGUUGUUUAAUCUUGGGAGCUUAAAUGUCACUGUAUUAGUGGGAUUAAAUAUCAUAUGAUCAUUUCUUACUAAAUAAUUUAGCCACACAUUUAUUAUCUUGUGUAGUUGGCACAACCUGCUUAAAACCUUUACAUUAACAGUUGCUUUAGGUUAUUCUAUAGUCAAUAAAUGGGCUUAUCAGCUGGUCAUGCACAAUAUGAUGUACACAUUCUAGCUGUAAAUAAAAGGAUAAUCAGAAAUAGUA